AUGUGGUUUACACAACCGGCAAUCGUUGGCGUGGCGUUUCUUGAGACUGAGGUCCAUCGGAUGCAUGGGACGCUCAGCCACUUCUUGGGAUUGUUGAAACGUCAGUGGACAUCGGGUUUCAGGGCUGUGAAAGUGGAGAAUCGGGAUGAAGAGAAUACCAAAGGAAAUAGUGUCGCCGUCACUGAUGUUGGACUGAUAGUGGGUUUGAUGGAGUGGGACACCGACGAUGACAUGAUUGGUGUUGGUGGAGGCAUGUUCUCUGUGCCUCUCUCGACUGGACGGGCCUUCCUCGAGUCUGGUCGUCGUCGUCAUCGUCCGAAUUCGGCUAUUAGUGUUAAAUGCACUUCAGGCAUUCCACGAAUCACAUCCCACAACCCCUGA